GCUUUAGCGCGUCGCUUCCAACGGUGAUUGGAGCCAGAACCUUGCAGCCGUUAUGGAGAUCGUGAGAUCCCACCGGCAGCUCGCGGCGGCUGGCAGAGGAGGAGGCGGCGGCGGCGGGGCGGGAGGGCUGCCGACGUACCGGGUGGCGCCGGAGCUGGAGGUGCGGCUGGAGGAGUUCGAGCUCUUCGCCAUCGACCGCCUCCGAGUGUUGAAGGGGAUCGCCGAUGGGCUCUCGCGGGGGAAGAGGCCGGAGGAAAUGGAGAAAUUGGUCAAAGAGUUGUGGAAGGCGCACAUGAGGCACCAUGACCCCGCAGAGACUUUGAAUAAGGACAUAAUAUCUCACUUUGUUCUCCGUCUUGUCUACUGCAGAACGGAAGAACUGCGCAAGUGGUUUCUCUCCAUGGAGACUACGCUUUUUCGCUAUCGCUUUCGGCUGGAGAGUCCUGAAUCGCAGAGGAUGCUUAUGAGUGAGUUCCAACUUCCAUACAAAGCAUUGCCACACUUGGAAUUUGAGGCUGUGAAAGACAAGUUGAGCCAAGUUGCACGUACCAUUGGUCAGUCUGCAACUGUUGAAUCUGUGUUCUUCAAGGUACCUUUCGAAGAAGUUCCAGAUCUUGUUGCCAGUCGGCGAGUAUUUCUUUCAAAAGGAUAUGCUUAUGUUGCAAUGAGUCAGGUGGUUUCGCUUGUGGUUACCCAAUUCCGCUGCAAUAUCUCGAAGGCACUUGUUUUAACAAAUAGGAAAUGGACGGCCGCCAUUAAGGAGCAAGAAAAGGAUAGGUUGACUCCUAUCGUCGAGGCAUUAAGUAAUGCAUAUUUUGGACCUGAUUACUCACAGCCAAAGGAUGCUGUUGAGAUUUCUCUGAAGGAUAUUGACCAACUGGCUAAAACUUCAUUCCCUCUUUGUAUGCGUCACAUGCUAGAAAAGUUGAGAGAAAACCAUCAUCUGAAGCAUGGGGGCAGAAUGCAGUUUGGUCUUUUCCUUAAGGGAGCUGGACUAAAGUUGGAAGAUGCUCUAGCAUUUUGGAGAGCAGAAUUUUCUCAAAAGGUUGGCUCUGAGCGAUUUGACAAGGAAUAUGCCUACAGUAUCAGGCAUAAUUAUGGAAAAGAAGGAAAACGAACAGAUUACACUCCGUAUUCAUGUCAAAAGAUUAUCUCUGCAACACCUGGUGUUGGUGAUCACCAUGGUUGCCCUUAUCGACAUUUUGGUGAAGAGAACUUGAGAGCAGCUCUCAAUAAAAUGGGAAUCAGUGGACAUCCAUUGGAAGAUAUAAUGGAUAAAGUGAAGAACAGACACUACCAGCUAGCUUGCACCAUGACUUUUGAGGCAGCACAUGGUAUCUCAUGUGAUACUGGAAUCAAUCAUCCUAAUCAGUAUUUCAGUGAAAGCCAGAAAGUCUUGAAAGCGAAGAAUCAAGCAGUGCAGAGCCAAGCAAUGACCUAAAUUGUAAUGCUGCUGCCCAAAGUCUAUCAAAACAUAGAAUAUCAGGAAAGCUACAACUAAUUCUUACCUGCAGUCUCUACAGCAGCUCGGCUUCGUAUCAAGAUUCGUCCUUGCUGGUAAUGAUUUGGAGAAAAACAAAUGCUAAUCUUUAUCCUGAUGCCUAGAGGGAAUACUAUUAUUGCUCUGUGGUUUUCAUAAUUCCAACGGCAGGAUGUCGUCCCCCAUAAGUGAUGGAUGCCCCUGUAAAAAUAACUUAACCACAGAAAGUAGAUAGAACCGUACAAGUAUGUACUUUGUCAGAUCCCAUGUAAUCCGUGAUUCUGGCUGUAAUUAGGGAGUUCUGCACACCCCAGAUCAGUUCAGUUGUGCUCUAAUAUUUCUAUAAUCACAAACUUAUUUGACGCAAAACAAUCGUGCUGAUUCUGCAAUUAUU